AUGCAUAUUUUAUUUCCGGUACCUGUGAAGCUUGGCGAACCAACGAAAAACCCAUUUGGUAUUACAAUGGAUUUAGUUGUACCAGUAGUAGAAAUAGCUCUGGAAGAUGUAUAUCGAGAUAAAUUAAUUGCUGAGCAUACAUUAGUUGCAUACUUUAAAGAUACUCAGUUAUCAGAUGCUCACGGUCCUAAUGUUGCCAUAAAUCAACUUGUAGCUGGUAAAUUAGACUGUAUUAUUGGAUAUGCUUUUGUAUAUGCUUUGGCACCUGUUGCUCGAAUGUCACCAUAUUGGAAGAGUACAACUAACAAUGGUAUUCCAGUAAUUACUACUAUUGGCUUAACUAGUAAUUUAGACAAUCGUCAUGAAUAUAAAUUACUUACUCGAAUUACUAGUCCAUAUAAGGUACUCACAAAAGCAAUUCUUAUGGUUUUUGACCAAAUGAAAUGGCUUAAAGUUGCAUAUAUAUUCCAUGAACAACGACAUGGUAGUGCUAAUGUUAAUAUACCAUAUGGUAAAUGCUAUCUAAAAAUGGCAUCUAUUCAAAUGCAACAAUACAAUAGAUAUAAAAUGGAUCACAAUUAUUUCAUGUUCAAUGAACUUAAAGUGGACCGAUUUCAGAUGCAAAAAAUUCUCAAGAAAGCAAGUGAUUUAUGCAACGGUUAA